AUGGCCAAGAAGACUAAGGAUGAUAUUUCUUUCCAGAGGGCCGUAGAUAUUGCUAGACGAAUCGAGAUGGUUACUGUUGGAGAUGAUAGGGUGUUGCAGAUACAUGAUCGGAUUUGUGUGCCGAAUGUGGAUGGGCUUCGUGAGUUAAUUCUUGAGGAGGACCACAGUUUGCGAGCUCAGUCAUCCGGGUGCCCCCAAGAUGUAUCAGAACUUAAGGCAGCAUUAUUGGUAGAGAAGAUGAAGAAGUAUAUAGUUGCUUAUGUGGCUCAGUGUCUGAAUUGUCAGCAAGUAAAGUACGAUAUCAGAAGCCUGAGGUGGUAUCGUUCGCCAGUUGUUUGGUUUAAGCUGGGAGAGGCUCGAUUGUUGGAUAUCGAUUUGGUUUAUGAUUCCUUGGAAAAGGUCAAGAUGCUUAAGGAUCGACUUCUCACAACUCAUUCUAGGCAGAAGAGUUUUGCCGAUCGUAGAGUUUGUGAUGUUGCAUUCAUGGUUGGAUAG